AUGGCGCUCGCCGAUCCUACUGCUACCUCAAAUGCCACGCCUGCUGUUAUGCCUGUUUCGUUCAGUUUCGAGCCUUUCAACGCAGCAACUGCUAAAUUUGACCGCUGGUUGGAGCGCUUAGAAAUUUCGUUCCGGAUCUACAAGGUUGCUCAGGCUGACAGGCGAGAUUACUUGCUGCACUUCAUGGGUGGUCCGACGUACGAUGUUUUGUGCAAUAAGUUGCAGAACCGUUCCCCGGAAACCCGUACAUACAACGACAUCGUUGUGCUUCUAAAAGCACAUCACAGUCCGGCGCCACUGGAGAUCUUGGAAAACUACAAAUUCAUCUGUAGGAAGCAGUUGGACCAUGAAGCGCUGUGCGACUACAUAACGGACCUCGAAAAACUGGCACAGACAUGUAACUUUGGUGCCCAUUUGGAAACUGCCAUCCGGAAUCAGUUUGUUUUCGGAUUGCGGAAUCGUACCAUUCAAUCCCGUUUACUGGAGGUACGUGCGUUGACUCUAGAGAAAGCAAAGGAAAUCGCUUUCAGCAUGGAAAUGUCUCAUAGAGGUACUGACGAAAUGCAUGGAACGGUUUCUAAAUCGGAGGUUCAAUUUCUGGAACAAGGACGUCAGAAGAAGAAGAAGAUGAGUACGAAAAUGUCGGCGCCGAAAACAAAGUCUAAAUACUCGUCUCAGGAGAAAGCUUGCUACCGAUGCGGAGAUCCAGAUCACUUUGCCAACAAGUGCAGACAUCAGUCAACCGUGUGUAAUUACUGCAAACGCAAAGAACACUUGGAGAAAGUUUGCCAAACGAAAUUACGUGGAAACCCGAAGGAGAAGGCUGUUACACACCACAUCGAAGACUCACCUGUAAUCAAAGAUGUCUUUCACCUGCGAAGCAUGCCGGGGUUUGCUGACAAAUUCAUGCUGGAUCUAACGAUUGAUGGGAGGACGCUGACUUUCGAGGUAGAUACUGGAUCACCGGUUUCCCUAAUUAGUUCCCACGACCAAAUACGGUACUUCAAGGACUUCCCUAUCCACCCGACUGUUACAAAACUGGUAAGUUAUUGCGACACCGAUAUUAAUGUUCUCGGGAAAAUUAUGGUUAAUACACAUUCGAACGGUGAUACGCUCACACUACCUUUACAUGUGGCGGAGUCUAACAGACAUCCAAUUUUGGGUCGUGACUGGUUGCUUCGAUUAAAUAUCGAUUCCAAUAGCGUUUUCAAACCUGGAGUACAUUCAAUUUCAAAUUCCAAUUCUUGCAAAUCGACUCCCAAUGCAUUGUCAAAAAUAUUGGACAAAUAUUCUCGUGUUUUCAAUGGGAGCAUUGGAAAAAUGACAGGUGUUCAGGCUACUCUAAAUAUGCGCGCUGAUGUACAACCGGUGUACAUAAAGCAACGGCCAGUAGCAUUUUCGGUACGCGAUUCGGUAGAAACUGAAAUAGAUAGGCUUGUUAAGGAUGACAUUUGGGAGAAAAUUGAUCAUUCUGAUUGGGCUACACCUGUUGUUCCAGUUAGAAAAGCUGGUGGCAAGGUCAGGUUGUGCGGUGACUACAAAAUCACCAUCAAUCCCAAUUUACUGGUAGACGACCAUCCAUUACCAACGGUUGAGGAGUUGUUUGCGACAGUCGCGGGAGGAGACAAAUUUUCAAAAAUUGAUUUGUCACAGGCUUAUUUGCAGCUCGAAGUCCGAGAGGAGGACAGGUGUUUACUGACACUUAGUACUCACAAAGGACUAUAUCGUCCCACCAGAUUGAUGUAUGGUGUGGCUUCCGCUCCAGCUGUGUUUCAAAGAUUGAUGGAACAGAUAUUGCAGGGUAUUCCAGGUGUUACUGUUUUAUCGACGACAUUCGUGUCACGGGGCCUGAUGACGAGUCCCAUUUGCGCAGAUUAG